GAACACAAACAAAAGAAUCAGCCCAUCUGUUGUUCAAUUUGCAUAAGUUAUUUCCAAAUUAAAGCUGAAUUUAGUGAUAUUUUUUAACUUUUACGCUUUCUACGGCAAACCAGAACAACGAUUAUGUCAGAGGAUAUCACCGAGGGAGUGGACACCAGUGAGUACACCGAAACAGUGAGGGCUCUCUCAUCCGGUCUACUUCAAAUGUAUGAGCCAACGUUGAAUCAAGUAAAAGGAAAUUUGAAGGAGUUGCUGGAUAAACAAGAGGAAAUGCAGAUUGCAAUAAUAAAUGAAAAACAAGCUUAUACCAGCCAAGAAGUGCAGCAAAUUAGUGAGAUGGUCAGCAAGGCAAAAAUUUACAGGGAAAAGGCAAUCCGUAUAAAGAAUCAAAUGCAUCAAAUUCACCAGAGGGCAAAGAGUUUACGGGCCAAAGCGCUCGAUAUGCAGGAACUGAAGGUCAACCAAUGUGCAUCCAAAUUGCAACAGUUGCACUACGAAGAAUCGUUGGUUGCUAGCAGCAAAAAGGCUCAAAACAAAAAGUCUUAGAAAGUAAGGGCGUU